AUGGACAAUGAACAAUACAUUGAGCGCGUUACUCAUUUUAUAAAAUCGAAAGGUCAUGAAUUGGAAGCGUUUAAAAAGAUUUUGAGCUACCUUCCAGGACAAUAUGAUGAUGAUGCUUCCUUUAUCCAUUUGAACAACUUUAUCAAGGAAAGUGAACAAGAACGAAAGAUUGAGGCUGGUAAGAACCAUCGCUUGUUUUAUAUGGCAUUACCUCCUUCUAUUUUUAUUCCUGUCGCCAAGGGAUUAAAGAAAAAUGUGUAUACUGAGGGAGGUCUUGUUCGUGUCGUAGUUGAAAAGCCUUUUGGUCUUGAUAGCAAGUCUUAUGCUCACUUAGCUAAAGAAUUGGGCUCUUGCUUUACAGAGGAAGAGACUUUCCGUAUUGAUCAUUAUCUCGGUAAAGAAAUGGUCAAGAAUAUUAUGCCUAUUCGAUUUGGCAACAUCUUCUUCUCUCAUACUUGGGAUCGCAUGAAUAUUGACAAUAUUCAAAUUACCUUUAAAGAGCCUUUUGGUACGGAGGGUCGCGGAGGUUACUUUGAUGAAUUUGGUAUAAUUCGAGAUGUGAUGCAAAACCAUUUGUUGCAAGUCUUGUCCGUGAUUGCCAUGGAGCGUCCUAUUUCAACAAGCGCCGAAGCCAUCCGUGAUGAAAAAGUCAAGGUACUUAAGUGUAUCCCUCCUAUCUCUGUCAAGGAUGCUCUUUUGGGUCAAUACACUGCACAUGAUGGUAAGCCUGGCUAUCUCGACGACGAGACUAUCAAAAACAAAAAUAGUUUGACUCCCACAUUUGCUUCUCUCGUCUUGUUUGUUCAGAACGAGCGUUGGGAAGGUGUUCCCUUUAUACUGAAGGCAGGCAAAGCUUUAAACGAAGCCAAGGUUGAAGUACGUGUUCAAUUUCGUAAUGUAGCUGGCUCUCUUUACAGCAAUGCUUCUCGUAACGAGCUUGUGAUGCGUAUACAACCAGACGAAGCUGUUUAUUUCAAAUUUAACAACAAGCAGCCUGGUCUCUCUUACCAAACCAUUCAAACCGAACUUGAUUUAACCUAUCACCAUCGUUAUACAGAUAUGGCUAUUCCUGAUGCUUAUGAGUCACUUAUUCUAGAUGUCUUGAGAAACGAUCACAGUAAUUUUGUUCGUGAUGAUGAAUUAGAUGCCGCUUGGAAGAUCUUUACUCCUUUGCUGUACAAGAUUGAUGCACAUGAUAAAGAUAUUGAGGUAGUUAAUUACAAUUAUGGUUCAAGAGGUCCUGCUGAAUUGGAUGAUUUUGUUAAGCGUUAUGGUUAUGAUCGUUCCAAUGUCAAUUAUAGCUGGCCUGUUCAAAGUGUUGCACCCCAUAACCAAAACUGA